CAUCUUUGUCGAGUACCGUCCGUCGUUAGAACCUUGCUAAUUUUAUCGAAUCCUUUGGGGAAACUAUGGUGCAGAAGUGUUCGUCGUGUGUAAAGAAUAACUAAGUGUGCAAGGUGCAUAUUCGUUCUAGAAAAUGUAGCGAAUAUCUUCGUCGUGGACAACGGUGUAAUGUCCGUGUCACUGAGUCCGAGUUCAAGCGUCUGGCUGCUGAGAAGGAGAAGUUGGAGGGUCGUAUUAAAGAGAGUCGCGAUGCGCAAGAUGCGGCUAUGAGGCUUCAUGAGAAGGCUCUAGAAGAGUUGCGCACUUAUCGUGCUCGGGAGCAGAGGUUGCGGCUAUAAAUGGAUUUGUUGGAGAGGCGUGCUGAGGAGGCGAUUGCUGUGGAAAGUCGAGAGCUGGAAGAGUUAGAGCGGGAAGGCGUGUUGGAGUUCGACGAGUCCGACCCGUCGAUCAACUUGUCUCCUGGUACUUGGGGUGCCUUCGCGGAUUUGCCUCUGGAUUACUGGGAGCCUCUUGAUUCGAGCUUGGUUGUUUCUGGCUCAGGUGGUAAUGCGCCCGUCUCCGGUGGUUGAGGUAUUCGGUUUUGUUGCUUUUUGUUCGGUGUGAGACGAUUCUUUCAACUUCGAAUUCGUCUUCCUCUUCGGGUUCGAAAUGAAAUGUUUUUUGUAGUGGCGUUUUGGGGUCUGCUGGUUCCAUUAGGCGUACAUGGAAUCUUGGGUGUAUCUUCGCGUCGGCUGGCAGGUCGAGUGUAUAUGUAACUAGUCCGUUUUGUUUCGAAAUUAAAAAUGGU